UUUUAUUUUUUAUAUAUAUUAUAUAUAUAUAAAUCCGAUCCUGAAUCUCUUGGUAUCCUUUUAGUAUGCAUAAUUGUUUAUAUUAAUUGUCACCAAAGAUUCAAAGUCACGGAACUGCCAAUAAUUCAACGAAAUUAAAGACGGGAGUGCAAACUGUCACAAGACUUACUCUCGCCUCUAUCUACAUGAAACCGGAUAAGAAGUUGCUGACAUCGCCGAAUAACUCAGUAAAUUCCGCAUCUAACAAUGAGCCAAAAGUCGACGCAGCAGAGAUAAAGAGAGAUGGAAAUUCGCUCAACCAAUCCGACCAAGAAUUAUCGAAAGAGAUAAUUACGAUGCUCGCUAAAGGCGAGGAUCCCGCGGCAAUCGAAGAGAUGAUCAUCGAGACCAUCGAUGGGAAGAGAAGAAACGAAGAGAGCGCGAAGAAAAGGAAAGAGGAGCCGAUCGAAGGAGUUGAAGACAAUGACGAAACUGAAAGAAGUAAAGGAGGUGGAGAGGAGCGCCGAAUUAUGACCUGUCAUCAGUUUACGCGCGCGUCAGAUGGAGAAAGCUCGUCGAACCUGAAGGGAUCGUCGAGGCACCAAACAACCGCAUUGAUUUCGUCGUUCGCCAGCAGCAGGACGAAGCCUAAAACAUACUUAUACCUGAAAUCGAACAAGGUGGAUCCAAUUAGAGACGCAUGUGUAUCAAACGAAAAUCCCGGGUUGGAAAUAGCAGCAUCGAGAACACUUGUUUGCCCGGCUGUCCAGAAAGACGAAUAUGUUGAAUUGCCGAAAUCGAUCGAGCAUCGAAUGAAGGACGUUUGUUCACACUGCAAGCGACUUCAGAGUUCAACGCCAACUUCGGCAAACAGCUGCAACAUCUUCAAAGACAAAAAGGGAAAAUAUUUUUGCGAGUUUUGCGCUCCAACAGAUAGGUUAAUAAGCAGAGUCGAAGUCAAGGAUCUGAAGAAGCUACGGUGUGCCAAUUGUCGAUUAUCUCUUCGACCACGAGGCUUUAAAAUCAAUAAAUUGAAACCGGACGCUUGUCCGAAAUGCGGUCAAUCGCAGAGACAGACAGCGGCUUCUUCUCCAUCCUCCAUGUAAACGCAUCGCAAUUACAUUGUAACACACAACUACAGAUAUCUCACGUCGAUAGAGUAGAUAUUGCAUGAACAGGAAGCGUUGAUAUAUCGUGAUUGCUUUAAAAACUCAUUCCUUACAAUAUAAUAGUCAUUAGGAACAGCGAUAAGGAAUAAAACGAAUUUUCGUUUUUUUUUCGCGUAAAUGUUAAAAAUAGGAGCACGAGAAAUCGCGUUGUUGAUUAUUAAUUGUAACUUAAUGUAAGAUAUCGGGGGGAACACAUGAUUCGUAUCUUCUUUUGUAACAUGAUACCUAUUUCCGUCCUCUAUUUGUAAUCAGUUGUAAUGCUGUAAUGCACUUUUCAUUAUUUUUAGCUUCAUUUUUUAUACUUUUGAGUCUUGUAGCAUUCUUGUAUCAUUAAAAUAUAUAUAUAUAUAAAUAUAUAUAUAGAGCGAUUUCAAAUAUAAUAUUGCAUAAUUUCUUCAUAUUGAUAAAUUCGCGUUCUUCAGAACUUUCUUCUCGCCCCGAGCGCGUAACGAUAAAAAAAUAAAAAUAUAACGAUAAAAAAUCUGAGGUCUCUUAAAAAACCAUGCGAUUGUUGAAAUAGUACUCAGAGAUCGGGGCUCCUAUUUUACGUCCUCCAAAUAAGUAUAUAGUAAGUACGUUCGCAGCAACGCAUAUGAAACUUAAUCCGAUAUAAAUCUGUCGUUUUACAAAUGAGAUCAUGCGCAUCGAUCAUUAAAAAAAAAAGAAAAAAAUAAAUUUAUACCAACGAUUUUAUACGCGGUUUCAAAGUACUAGGAAAAAAUACUAGUACAAGAUUGGAUCAUUAAAAUAAUAAAUAAUAUAACUCUAUAUAAAAAGAGUUAUUAAACUAAGAAACUAGAUCGAGCUCUUAAACAACGCGUAAAAGAUCCUUAUGCUACUUACAUGCAAAUCUUUGGCAGCAUCAAUAAAAAAAAAG